AGACUUUCGAGAGCAUGCGAUAGUGUGAAUAUUAUUGUUUAGAAGAAAUUUUUUUUUACAGCGGUUUUGCCUGCUAUGAAGGAUCUAUCAAUCGAAAUUUGGCAAUGGGCAAUAAAAAAAGGAUUCUCUUUGUUUGUUUAGGAAAUACGUGUCGUAGUCCAAUAGUCGAAGCAGUUUUUAUGGAUUUGGUGAAAAGGGCGGGGGUACAACGCGAUUGGGAAAUUGAUAGUGCAGCAAUCGAAGCGUGGCAUGUGGGUAACCGUCCAAAUCCACGUGCGGUUGCUGUCAUGGAAAAAUACUGUUUGGCCUAUGAUAAUCGUGCAAGACACAUUACCACCGAUGAUUUCUAUAAAUUCGAUUAUAUUUUGGCAAUGGAUGAAUACAAUGUUGAGGAUUUAACGGAGUUAAGACCAGACGAUGCCAAAGCACAAAUAUUUCUAUUAGGCGACUUCGACCCAGAGGGAGAGAGGAUUAUUAGAGAUCCAUAUUGCGACACAAACUCGGAUGGAUUUGAUAAAUGCUACCACCAAGCAGUAAGGAGCUGUAAAAGUUUUCUGGAAGAUAUGAAUACCAAUUGAAUAGCUUCGUUAUUUCAUUUUUAAGCAAAUAUCAAUAUAUUUAAUUCUAAGUAAAGAAAAGUAUUAUAUCGCUGUUAAUGUUGAUUAAUUUUAUGGCUUGCCUCAAUGACAAUACAAUGAAAUCUUAGCUAGAGAUGCGUUUGCAAACGUAUAAUUUGCAUGUUCAAAUAAAUUGCUUUGCUAAAAUCAAA